CUGCAAAACUGUUUCGUGUUGUUUCUGAGGCAAGACUAAAUCACUUUAAAAACGCAAGCACGCACAUACACCUGCACAUAAUUAUUUAUCAAACCUACAUUUACAUUCAUUCAGGGUAACGCAGACGUCUAAUUGAAUGAUUAAAACCACUAGUUAGUUUGUAAUACAUAUAUAUAUAUAUUUCUGAUCCCAUAUUCAUUCAUUGUAAAAGAUUAUGAAUUUAUCAAGCGGAAAUUUUACAAAUUCUCUAGAGUCUUCAUCUUCGAUACCAAGUUCCCCAGAGUUGAUGAAUAAUGGAAUAACAUCAUCCACUACGGGUGGCAACAAUCUUCCGAUGAAUUCUCCGUGUAUUUCUCAUGGAAGUUCUAUGCUUAAUGGAGAUGUCAUAAAGGCAUCUCCUAAUCAUCAUCAUCAUCAUCACCAACAUCAUCCUUCUCAAAAUCACCACAGCAGUCAUCAUCAGAAUCAACAUACUGAGGAGUCGAGAUCGGCACUAUCAGCAUCAUCAUCAACGGGAUCCUCAUCUUCAAUGUUACCUGGAGGAUUAUCAAUGAAUCAUUUAUCGAAUCCAUUAUUUUUCCCUUUUCCACCAAACUUUCUACUACAAGAAUCCUUUAAUCUGAUAUAUCAUACAUGUUUAAAUAUGUUUGAAAAACGUUUAACUGAAGAAUUGGAACAAUUUCAUCAAAAGUAUGAGGUGUUGAUGAGAGAAUGCAGUGAGACAAGAUUUCGUUUGAAUAAAGUUGAAAGUGUUUUACACUUAUUUGAAGAAAAAUUUCACCCGGCGAAUUUUCCAUUCUUUCUUUCUGGCUACUUUAAUCCUGCUUCAUUGAAAUGUCAACCUCUUCAACGAUAUCAAGAACAACAACACCAGCAGCAACAACAACAACAACUCAAUGAGAUGAAUGAUACGAACUUGUUAAAUUCACUGAAAAGUGUUGAAUCUGCAUGGUUGUAUAGCUGGAAGGAAUACGAGAGUUUGUCGAAUUCAUUUAAUUCUGCGCAUAGUAAUGCCUCACCGAAUAGUUUACUGACAUCAAUGUCAGCAACAGCAACAACAACAUCGGCAUCACAAGGUGAUCAGCAACAACACAGUCAAUUCGACCAACGUCAAAAGAUACAUUCAUUGUCAAGUAAGCAACAUAAAGAGAACAAUUUGGAACAAUUUUCGAUUAAUCGUCUAUCGAACUCAGAAACACAAUCAUCAACACCACCACCACCGCCACCGACAACAACAACAACAAAUGAUGCUACAAAUCUACAAUUGAGCACAUUGAAUGAAUCAUUUGCUAGUCGGAUUCAUAAUUCGUCUUGUAAUUUAAAUCCUGCAUUAUUGCCGUCAUCGAAUAAUCGACAGUUUAUGUGGAAUCAAUGGAUGGCAAAUUUUAUGGCGGCUUCUAGCGGUUGUAUGAAUUCUACAAAUGGAUUAUUAUCAGCAUCAGUGCCGUCAUCAUCAUCAUCAUCAUUGACAAUGCCUUCAACAUUGAAUAACUCAGAGAGAAUUAAUAGUUUUAAUGCAUCAGACAUUGAAGUCAAUGAAGGAAAUCAACACAAAUCCCCUCGACUAUACCCACCAGUGUUUUUCUCAAAUUAUGAAUUCAAUCCAACUGAUUUAUUGAAUAUCAAUCGAAAAUCCACCUCAUCCGCAGCGUCUUCAUCCCCAUCAGCACCAGCGCCGUCAUCAUCAUCAUCAUCGCUACGUUUUCGUGGCAGUAAAUUUGGACGUUUAAAAACAAAAUGCUUGAACUCGAACAGAUGUCAACAAGUCUGUCCCUACCCUAAUAAUCGUUUACAUUUAUGUCAUAAUAAUAACAAAUCGAAUCAUCAUAAUGCAGGGAUUUCAACAUCAGCAUUGAAAAAUAUGCGUAGAUCAGCAAUGAAUUUUAAUAAUUGUCCAUGGGCAUUGUCCGGCUCGCCACCACCGCCACUACCACCACGACCACUAUCGUCGUCGACGACAGAUCAAGGCAUAAGAUCAAGUUUAUUAGGUGUAGGUGAUCUACAACACUCUGGAUCGAAUGGAAUGCUGCAUUCAACAGCUUCAAAUUCACGUUCCAGUCAACAUAAUCAUCAUCAUCAUCCCCAUCACAAUAACAGUAAUAAUAAUAACCAGAAUAAUAAUUUAAUCGAUCGUCCAGUCGUUAUACUAAACCCAGAUGAACCACGUGAAAUCUUCAUCGGUGGUGUACAAUCCGUCUCAUUACCAUUAUGGGCAUAUUGUAAGUGUUUAACAAUGGUACGUGGUGAACCCCACGAAUUAGGCCCACGUCUAUGUCUACGUCUACUGCAAAGUUUAUUUAGUCUACAUUAUUUAGUGACGCAUAAUUAUAACGGUUCUGGAGGUAAAGCACCAAUUGAUCCAAUUGUAAUGAGUGCUGUCCUACGUCAAGCACAAUUACAAUUUGGAUCUGGGUAUUUUUUUACAGAACCAAUGGCACUAGGUAAAUUACGUGAUUAUUUAAAUAAUGCAUUUCGUGUUAUGGCAUUUAGACAGCGUAAAGGGGAACGUGUUCGAUCACCGUUUUGGAAUGAUAAAGGUGAGCCGAUACAUGAUUUAGAAGCACCAGUAGAAUUUGCAAAUAUUACUGAUAUUAUUGUGAUACCACCGCAUACUAAUUCAAGUGCAACUGCAACAACAACACCAACAUCAGUCACUAUGACAACACAGACAAUGACAUCGUCAACAACAACAACAACAACAACAGCGCUGACGAAUGAAAUUGAAAUGAAUAGGAAUUCAAGAUAG